AUGAAAGAUAAAAAAUUAGAGAGCAAAAAAAUUUCUCUUUUGUUGAGUCCCACGCGCAGCUGUGUGGUAUCCCUGGUGGUGGUCAUCUCUCUCGUGGUCUUGAAUGCGUUUGUCUCGAAGGACACUGCUGGAGCGCCUCAGCUGAGCGGCGUGCAGUCAAGAAUUUUAUCCGAUCACCCCACGAACCAAAAUGAAUUCAUAACUAAUGAGAAUGUCCAGGAAGGGGCAGAAGACUCACUUGCCGAAAUUGAAGACGACCUGUACGAUAGCCCACAAGGAAAUGCUAACACUGCACAAGGAGAAUCAGCAGACCCGCUUUCCGAAAUUACAGACGACUUGUAUGAAAACCCACAAGUAAAUAGAAACACGACAGAAGAAAUUUUCCAAAGUGCGUACGACCCAACUGAGUUAAAGGAAAAAUCCCACAUCGUCUUUCACAGCUUUAGAGAAGAAGAUAUAAAUGAAAUAAUCAAUUCGGUGAAUGAUAAUUUAUUCAAGAGGGAGAUGCUCGAGAGAUGGAUACAGCUACACGAAGAUGCAGUAGAUAAGGUGCACACUUUGAAGGAGCAUUUAUCAUAUUAUUUGAGAAGAUUAAAAAGUUUGUAUAACGUGGAUGAUAACAUUGCAGAGGAACAAAUGCAGAAGAGCAAUCAUACUAUUGACUCAACCAUCAGGAUCACGGAGGAGUAUCACAAUAAGCUCUUUUUCUACUACGUCAUAAAGGAUAAUUUGCCCGAGUAUGAACAUGAGCGUUUUAUAAAUAUAUGCAGAAACACUUUUACCUUGUUUAUAAAUGAGCUAGUUGCUAUGGGGGAGGGUAAGCUAAAUAAAUGUGUACUCGAGUAGGGGGCAAUCCUGGUGGAAGCGGACGGAUUGAGGUUGCGAAGGAAGGGCUAAGGGCACGCACAUGUGUGUGUACAUAUAUAUACAUUGCUAAAAAGAAGAAGCGGAGGUAUUCUUCUACAUAUAUGCUUAUGUACGCACUAUUUGAUAAGCCCUUUUUUCUUGGAAAGAAGAGCGAAGUUGAUUACACUACACCGUUUAGGCAACGAAGGGCACACGAUUCGCAUGGUGCUUUUAUUUUUUACCCGGAAAAUGUAUUUAAAUAUUUAAAGGAGAAUGUAUAAUGUCCAGCGCGCAUUUUGAACAUAGCAGUGAAUUAAAUGCAUGUGUAAAGUUUGUCAAUUUUUGUUUUUUUAAAUCGCCACAUAAAACUUAUUAUCGGAUGAUCUAAACUAUGUUAUGGUUUUUUUUUUAAACAUUCAUACGUACAUGAUAUGCGUAACUUGCCACAGCUACAAGUUUGCGAUUAGACCUUUGAAAUUACUAAAGGGAAAUAUUUUAUU